UGAGGGCGGCGCAGACACUCUGGAACCAGCAUCACGGUCGUUUCGUUCCUUCCCUAAACCCAAAGUAACACAUUGACCAUGCGGGAGAUAGUACACGUGCAAGCUGGCCAAUGUGGAAACCAGAUCGGAUCGAAGUUUUGGGAAGUGGUCAGUGAUGAGCAUGGCAUUGACCCAACGGGCACCUACCAUGGAGAUAGUGACCUCCAGUUGGACCGCAUCAACGUCUACUACAAUGAGGCUACAGGAGGUAAAUAUGUUCCCCGUGCAAUUCUGGUUGACCUGGAGCCUGGCAGCAUGGACUCUGUUCGUUCCGGUCCAUUUGGGCAGAUCUUCAGACCGGAUAACUUUGUGUUUGGGCAGAAUGGUGCAGGGAAUAACUGGGCCAAAGGUCACUACACAGAAGGUGCAGAACUGGUCGACUCGGUCCUGGAUGUGGUGCGGAAGGAGGCAGAGAGCUGCGACUGCCUGCAGGGCUUCCAGCUCACCCACUCUUUGGGCGGGGGUACAGGCUCGGGCAUGGGCACGUUGCUGAUCAGCAAGAUCCGGGAGGAGUACCCGGACAGGAUCAUGAACACCUUCAGCGUGGUGCCUUCGCCCAAGGUCUCGGACACAGUGGUGGAGCCUUACAAUGCCACCCUGUCGGUCCACCAACUGGUGGAGAACACAGACGAGACCUAUUGCAUUGACAACGAGGCCCUCUACGAUAUCUGCUUCCGCACCCUCAAGCUGACCACCCCCACCUACGGCGAUCUCAACCACCUGGUCUCGGCCGCCAUGAGCGGGGUGACCACCUGCCUCCGCUUCCCUGGGCAGCUCAACGCGGAUCUGCGCAAGCUGGCGGUCAACAUGGUCCCCUUCCCACGGCUCCACUUCUUCAUGCCCGGGUUCGCCCCCCUCACCAGCCGAGGGAGCCAACAAUACAGCUCGCUGACCGUCCCCGAGCUGACCCAGCAGAUGUUCGACGCCAAGAACAUGAUGGCGGCCUGCGAUCCGCGUCACGGGCGCUAUCUCACCGUGGCGGCCAUCUUCCGGGGGAGGAUGUCCAUGAAGGAGGUGGACGAGCAGAUGCUCAACGUCCAGAACAAGAACUCCAGCUACUUCGUGGAGUGGAUCCCCAACAACGUCAAGACGGCCGUCUGUGAUAUCCCGCCCCGCGGCCUCAAGAUGUCCGCCACCUUCAUCGGCAACAGCACCGCCAUCCAGGAGCUCUUCAAACGCAUCUCAGAGCAGUUCACUGCCAUGUUCCGACGCAAGGCCUUCCUGCACUGGUACACGGGCGAGGGGAUGGAUGAGAUGGAGUUCACCGAGGCCGAGAGCAACAUGAACGACCUGGUCUCCGAGUAUCAGCAGUACCAAGAUGCCACGGCAGAGGAAGAGGGAGAGUUCGAAGAGGAGAUCGAGCACGAUGAGGCUUAAACAUAAAAAUCCAUGGUCAACCCUUGACCCUGUACAUAAAAGCAUCCUUUUUUUAAAUUGUGUAAUUGAGCAAAUUUCAGUGGGCUGUUGCAGCCUCUUGCAGGGCUCGAGUUUAAAAUCACGGCGGCCUGUGACAAAACACUGGCCAAUUUGAUGAGUAAUGUCCAUAAUACGUGAAACUCCCCAUCAAUGCCAAAGCCCAAGCCGCUAUCCCAGGUCAGAGCAAAUUAUUAUCCCAAGCCCCACAUACGCACAUACAAAUCGAAAUUGGCUGUGUAGUUGUUGAAGCUUUAAGGGCCUGCCCCAUUGGUGAUUAUUUUCGGCGACUGCCGACAUCAUAU